AUGUCGCACCUCGGCGCCAGAAAAUAUUUCACUGUUUUUCUACCCCUCGUGUUUGCCUUUCUUUUCACAUUCGCGAGCGCAUGGCCCGAGGCACCACUAUGGACUGAUAAAGAUCCUUGCCCUUCGAUUAUUCGCGCAAUCGUCCCAUCCUACAAGCCAUUUGGUAGAUGGGAAGCUGUACACAAUGCUAUGAAGUCAUGUAGCAAUAUUACAGAGCUCGACCUGAGAAUGGUGGGGGCAAGCUGCACGGAGUUUCCCGAUGGUUAUAAUCUACCAUUCAGGCCGGACGGGAGCGAUCGAUAUCUCUCGGCGCCACAAAUACUAUCACUAUAUAACUACGAAUUUCAUGAAUCUGAGUGGGAAGAUAUGCGGUCAGUAACACCACAUUGGGCCAACGACGAUGGCUCAUGGCCUGUGUCGAAUUCCACAAACUCUGUUAUGAGAUGGGCAACAGAAAUGUAUUAUCGCAGCCGGUGGAAAUGGGAUCAAUUGUCCUAUGAAUACAAAUAUGCCGUUGGUCUGGCAGACUAUUCUCGAUGGCAAAGACACGGAAUCGCGCGAAGAUGGUAUGAUCAGCGACAUACACCGAUUGAGAGGUUAUCAAUGGAAAACAUGCAGCUCUGGCUGGAAGCUAUGGACUUCUCCAAAGUGCACACUUUAUCAAUCGAGUAUGGUGGCACUCGGCCGGAAGGAAAGGGUUUACUCGUUGACCUUCCCCCGGCAUUAACAGGUCUCGAGAAUCUCUCUAUCCAGGGCCGGUGGUUGAAUUGGAGAACAUAUCUGGCGGAGUGGGAAGCUGCUCCGGGACCGUUACCCAAGAACAAGUGGUCUUCUUCGCCGCCCCCUCCGGCCCUCGAUUUUAUCUUGGCGUUACCUACAACAUUGAAGAAGCUCACCUGGACAAAGAGUGAAACGGUCCAAGAGGAUAUAUUCGACUCUGUUUUGAAGCACCACGGAGCCUCUCUGGAACAUCUCGCGUGGACAAACCACGAGGGAGGAUUCAAACCUAGACCAAUAUUGGCUGAGGAUCAGCUGCGCAGUCUGGGAAAAUGGGCACCUGGUUUGACCAGCCUUACCGUCGAUCUCGAACGGAGAAACGGAACCUUGCCCCAAGAUGAGCUGAACAUUCUUGCCGAUACUCUACCCAAAUUGAGAAGGCUAGUUGUUAAUCUAAACCUACUGGACGAAAGGCUACUGAUGAACAAUACUGGCUAUGAUGACAAGAAGAAACACGCAUCAGAUUCAGUUUUGGAUGUAGAAGAAGGUCUUGAUCUAUUCCAAGGUCUAAGAAAGGCCAAGGUUGGCGAGAAGUUCGACAGUGUCGAGUUUCGUCAGGGUGAAUGGACUGAUGAUUGGCCUUUUGGAGAAAGUCUCUGGGAGGAUAGAUAUUGGGUCAGGUGUUGGGUUGUUGAAAAGGAUGGGGGACCAGGAGCGAGGUGCAAAUCGGGAAGUGAGAAGGCCUUUGACGCCGACUUUUGA